CAUUAUUUUUGAACUGGCCCCAGGGUCCUGUCUUUAGCCCUGCCUCUUAACUUUUUCUUGGAUUUAACCUACGUGGGUGUUUUAUCUUUCACCCAGCUCCACAGCCACCUCAGAACAUCUCCACCAUCAUCACUCUUUUGGAAACUGCUUGGUUCCCUGAGGGCACAUGAUGUCUCUGCCGUUUUAUCAGAAAUUGCACCAGCAAUAUGACCGUGGCUACUACAACAAGGACCUUCGCACCACCAUGAGCCAGUACCAUGAGCAGGAGAAGAAAAGUUCUGCCAUCUACACCCACGGCUCCACGGCCUACAGCAGCCGCUCCUCCGCAGCGCACCGCCAGGAAUCCCAGGCCUUCAGCCAGGCGUCGGAGGCCUCCUACCAGCAGCAGGCGUCCCGGGCCACCGAGUCCUCCUUCGCGUCUGCAGUCAGUCGGAAGGUGGCCUCAGCCUACGAUUAUGGCUACUCGCAUGGACUUACAGAUUCCAGUCUUAUGUUAGAAGAUUAUUCAUCCAAGUUGAGCCCCCAAAUAAAGAGAGCAAAGAAGAGCCUUCUCUCUGGGGAGGAGAAGGAAAAUCUGCCAAGCAACUAUAUAAUGCCCAUUUUCUCAGGACGCCAAGUGCAUGUCAGUGGAAUUGAAGACACAGAAGAAGAAAGAAUUAAAGAAGCUGCUGCUUAUAUAGCCCAGAGGAAUCUUCUUGCUAGUGAAGAAGGACUCACGACAUCCAAACGGUCCACAUCGUCGAAACAGUCUACAUCCACUCUUCACCAGGAAGAAAUUUUUGAGAAGAAGUCGAGGAAAGUUGCAAUUCGGGAAAAGGCAGAACGCCUGUCACUAAGAAAAACGUUGGAAGAAACUGAGGCAUUUCAUAGAAAGUUGAAUGAAGAUCAUCUUCUCCAUGCUCCUGAGUUUGUCAUUAAACUUCGUUCCCACACUGUUUGGGAGAAAGAAAAUGUAAAAUUAUACUGCUCAGUAUCAGGCUGGCCAGAACCUCGUGUCACAUGGUAUAAAAACCAGGUGCCAAUAAAUGUUCAUGCAAACCCUGGAAAGUAUAUUAUAGAAAGUCGAUAUGGAAUGCACACGCUGGAGAUUAACAAAUGUGAUUUUGAAGACACAGCUCAAUACCGGGCCUCGGCCAUGAAUGUUAAAGGAGAGCUUUCAGCAUAUGCCUCGGUUGUGGUAAAGAGAUAUAAGGGAGAAUUUGAUGAGACUCGUUUCCAUGCUGGGGCUUCUACCCUGCCCCUCAGCUGCGCUGUGACCCCUUAUGGUUAUGCAUCUAAGUUUGAGAUCCACUUUGAUGACAAGUUUGAUGUAUCUUUUGGGAGAGAGGGUGAGACGCUGAGUCUAGGCUGCCGUGUAGUCAUCACUCCUGAAAUUAAGCAUUUCCAGCCAGAGGUCCAGUGGUACAGAAAUGGAGUACCUGUUUCUUCAUCAAAAUGGGUAGAAACACAUUGGAGCGGAGAUCGGGCAACACUGACAUUUUCUCAUCUAAAUAAAGAAGAUGAAGGCCUCUACACAAUCCGUGUACGAAUGGGAGAAUAUUAUGAACAAUACAGUGCUUACGUCUUUGUUCGAGAUGCUGAUGCAGAGAUUGAAGGAGCCCCUGCCUCUCCCUUGGAUGUGGUGGGCUUGGACGCCAACAAAGAUUAUAUCAUCAUCUCUUGGAAACAGCCAGCUGUGGAUGGAGGGAGUCCUAUUCUGGGAUAUUUUAUUGAUAAAUGUGAGGUGGGCACAGAUAGCUGGUCUCAAUGCAAUGACACACCUGUGAAGUUUGCUCGUUUCCCAGUCACUGGAUUGAUAGAAGGUCGUUCUUAUAUAUUCCGAGUCCGAGCUGUAAAUAAAACUGGAAUAGGUCUACCAUCUCGUGUUUCUGAGCCUGUGGCUGCUCUGGACCCAGAUGAGAAAGCUAGACUUAAAAGUCGCCCUUCAGCACCCUGGACUGGACAGAUCAUUGUCACUGAAGAGGAACCUGGAGAGGGUAUUGUUCCUGGACCCCCCACAGACCUCUCCAUCACUGAGGCCACCCAGAGUUAUGUGGUGCUAAGCUGGAAGCCCCCUCGACAACGUGGCCAUGAGGGCAUUCUGUACUUUGUGGAAAAGUGUGACGUAGAAACAGAAAACUGGCAGCGGGUGAACACAGAACUCCCCGUGAAGUCUCCCCGCUUUGCGCUGUUCGACUUGGUUGAGGGGAAAUCCUAUCGUUUCCGCGUCCGCUGUUCUAAUUCAGCAGGAGUUGGGGAGCCAUCCGAGGCAACGGAAGUGACUGUGGUUGGGGACAAACUUGAUAUCCCCAAGGCCCCAGGCAACAUUAUUCCAAGCAGAAAUACAGACACAUCAGUGGUAGUUACAUGGGAGGAAUCCAAAGAUGCUAAAGAGCUGGUUGGCUACUACAUAGAGUCUAGCGUUGUUGGCUCUGGCAAAUGGGAACCCUGCAACAACAACCCGGUGAAGGGCUCACGAUUUACGUGCCAUGGAUUGGCGACUGGUCAAAGUUAUGUUUUCCGGGUCAGAGCAGUUAAUGCAGCUGGACUUAGUGAAUAUUCACAAGAUUCAGAAGCAAUUGAAGUAAAAGCUGCAAUUGGGGGAGGAGUGUCUCCAGAUGUGUGGCCUGAACUGAGUGAUGCACCUGCUGGACUAACAGACUCCAGGGGAGGCAUGCAUGAAACCUCCCAGCCAGCCUUUAAGAAAGAUGCUUUACUUGGUAGCAAACUUAGCAAACCUUCACUACCCAGUAGCUCUCACAACCUGGGCCAAACAGAAGUGAGUAAAGUAAGUGAAACAGUUCAGGAAGAGCUUGCCCCAUCACCAAAGAAAGCAGCUCUUAAGGGGAAAAGUAAGUCUGACACCCCGAAAAAGAAGAAGGACAGAGCGGCACCAUCUGCACCCUAUGAUAUCACUUGUCUUGAAAGUUUUCGUGACUCCAUGGUUCUUGGAUGGAAGCAACCAGAUAAGAGUGGCGGGGCUGAAAUUACUGGCUAUUAUGUGAACUAUCGUGAGGUAAUUGAUGGGGUACCAGGACGAUGGAGAGAAGCCAACAUCAAAGCUGUCAAUGAGGAGGCAUAUAAGAUUAGCAACCUGAAGGAAAACACAGUGUAUCAGUUCCAAGUGGCAGCCAUGAACAUCGCUGGGUUGGGAGCGCCCUCGGCAGUGAGCGAGUGCUUCAAAUGUGAAGAAUGGACCAUUGCUGUUCCAGGACCACCGCACAGUCUCAAGUACAGCGAAGUCAGGAAAACUUCCCUGGUUCUGCAGUGGAAGCCUCCCAUCCACUCUGGACGGACUCCCGUCACUGGUUACUUUGUGGACAUGAAGGAGGCCAAGGCCAGAGAUGACCAAUGGCGAGGACUCAAUGAGGCGGCUAUUAAAAAUAAAUACCUAAGGGUGCAAGGCCUCCAGGAGGGUGUCAGCUAUGUGUUCCGUGUCCGAGCCAUCAACCAGGCAGGUGUUGGCAAGCCAUCCGACCUUGCUGGGCCUGUUGUGGCAGAAACUCAUCCAGGAACCAAAGAAGUUGUUGUAAGUGUGGAUGAUGAUGGAGUCAUUUCCUUGAAUUUCGAAUGUGAUCAGAUGACUGCAAAUUCUGAGUUCAUCUGGUCCAAGGAUUAUGUAUCCACUGAGGAUUCUCCACGUUUAGAAGUUGAAAGCAAAGGCAACAAGACAAAGCUAACCUUCAAAGACCUGGGGAUGGAAGAUUUGGGCAUUUACUCCUGUGAUGUAACAGAUACUGAUGGAAUAGCAUCAAGCUACUUGAUAGAUGAGGAAGAGGUGAAACGUUUACUUGCUCUUAGCCAAGAACACAAGUUCCCAACUGUCCCAGCUAAAUCAGAGUUGGCUGUUGAAAUUUUGGAGAAAGGCCAGGUCCGGUUUUGGAUGCAGGCUGAGAAGCUGUCCAGCAAUGCCAAAGUCAACUUCAUAUUUAAUGAUAAGGAAGUUUUUGAAGGGCCGAAAUAUAAGAUGCAUAUUGACCGAAAUACUGGUAUAAUUGAAAUGUUCAUGGAAAAGCUACUAGACGAAGAUGAGGGAACAUACACUUUCCAGCUUCAAGAUGGAAGAGCAACUGGCCAUUCUACUCUGGUUCUCAUUGGAGAUGUUUAUAAAAAGCUCCAGAAAGAAGCUGAAUUCCAGCGGCAAGAAUGGAUCAGGAAACAAGGCCCACAUUUUGCUGAGUAUUUGAGCUGGGAAGUGACUGGUGAAUGUAAUGUACUAUUGAAAUGCAAGGUGGCAAAUAUUAAGAAGGAGACCCAUAUUUUGUGGUACAAAGAUGAAAGGGAGAUAUCGGUGGAUGAAAAGCAUGACUUUAAAGAUGGUAUAUGUACCCUGCUUAUAACAGAGUUUUCCAAGAAAGAUGCUGGGGUCUAUGAAGUUGUCCUGAAAGACGACAGAGGAAAAGAUAAGAGCAGACUGAAGCUUGUGGAUGAAGCCUUUCAAGAACUGAUGACUGAAAUAUGUAAAAAAAUAGCUUUGUCUGCCACAGACCUGAAAAUCCAGAGUACGGCUGAAGGCAUCCGGCUGUACUCUUUUGUAACUUACUAUGUGGAUGAUCUGAAAGUGAACUGGUCCCACAAUGGGACUGCUAUUAAGUACACAGACAGAGUUAAGAGUGGGGUCACUGGACAGCAGAUCUGGCUGCAAAUCAAUGAGCCCACUCCAAAUGACAAAGGGAAAUAUGUAAUGGAACUCUUUGAUGGCAAAACAGGACACCAGAAGACAGUGGAUCUUUCUGGAGAAGCAUAUGAUGAAGCUUUUGCCGAAUUCCAGAGAUUAAAACAAGCUGCCAUUGCCGAGAAAAAUCGUGCCCGGGUGAUGGGCGGUCUCCCUGAUGUGGUCACCAUCCAGGAAGGCAAGGCACUUAAUCUCACUUGCACCGUGUGGGGUGACCCGACUCCGGAGAUCUCCUGGUUGAAGAAUGAGAAGUCCCUGGCCUCAGAUGACCACUGCAGCCUCAGGUUUGAAGCAGGCAAGACUGCCUUCUUCACUAUCAACGGGGUGACCACUUCUGACUCUGGCAAAUACGGGCUGGUUGUGAAGAACAAGUACGGCUCGGAGACAAGCGACUUCACCAUCAGUGUGUUCAUCCCAGAGGAGGAGGCGAGGAUGACUGCUGCGAAGCCUCAGAAAGGCGCUAAGUCCAAGUGACCUGGCACCGCUGGGCGGGCAUUCGAGGGGAUCUGCGCUGGUCCGCCUUGUGCUGCUAGUGUGCAAACGAUUUGGGUGAAAUGUAAGGAAGUCUUUGUGCUUUCAACUCCCUAUUGUUACUGGCUUGGGGGGACAUUGUCAAAUCUUUUAUUCGUAUUUUAAAAAGCACCAACUAACAUUUUAAUAGUUAAGACAAUAUUGGUAGCACAAAUAUUAGGAACUGGUUUUAAGCAAAAGACCAGAAAAAAAGAGGGACAUUGAAUGAUGAUCAGGAAGCAGAUGAAUGUGUUGAGGAGCAGAAUUUGGACUUGGUUCAACUUUUACCAGUAAAUUCUCAUGGAUUGCAGUUAAGCACCAACAUGGAGUCAAGACAGUGACUAGUUAAGCAAACAAGUAUGUUUCAUGUGUUGUUGAGAUAGUGGUGUGCAUUUCUGUUGGUGGCCUUUUGAUUUGGAACCUCCUCAGUAUUAAUAAAGAGUCCUCCACUUUCCUCUUCCUCAUCA